AGCGGAGCGCGGGGCCUCGAAGCUGCGUCAGGGCUGUGCACGGGGCUCUGAGCUGCACUUCCUCCCCCCGGAGCAGAGCAGGGGGGUGGGGGGGCCAUGGGCAGGAGAAGGUGACCCUCUGGGGGUCCCCGCUGUCCCCAUGUCGUUGGCACUCAAAGCACGGCAGAAGGCGAAGCGCAAAGGCGGCGGCGCCAAGGAGAGGGUGUUCGGCUGCGACCUCCUGGAGCACCUGCAGCAGUCGGGGAAGGACGUGCCGCAGGUGCUGCGGAGCUGCACUGAGUUCGUGGAGCAGCACGGGGUGGUGGAUGGCAUCUACCGGCUGUCAGGGGUCUCCUCCAACAUCCAGAGGCUGCGCCAAGAGUUUGAUGGGGAGCGCAGCCCGGACCUGCAGAAGGACGUCUACCUGCAGGACAUCCACUGUGUCAGCUCGCUCUGCAAGGCGUACUUCCGUGAGCUGCCCAACCCGCUGCUCACCUACCGCCUCUACGACCGCUUCGCCGAUGCGGUGGCCACACAGAUGGAGGAGGCACGCCUGGUGAAGAUCAAGGAGGUGCUGAAGGAGCUGCCCCCCCCCCACUAUAGGACUUUGGAGUUCCUGAUGCGGCACCUGCUGCGCAUGGCAUCCUACAGCCACACCACCAACAUGCACGCCCGGAACCUGGCCAUCGUCUGGGCCCCCAAUCUGCUGCGCUCGAGGGACAUCGAGGCAACGGGCUUCAACGGGACGGCCGCGUUCAUGGAGGUGCGGGUGCAGUCCAUCGUGGUGGAGUUCAUCCUCACCCACGUGGAGCAGCUCUUUGGGGAUGCACCUCUCUGUGGCGGUGAGGCGACGCGACGCUCCCGGUUGUUCCCUGGGGACGGGUCGGGGCCCUACAACGUCCCUGCAGCGCUCAGCCAGGGCGAUGGGCCCCCCCCGAUCCGGCCCUACCACACCAUCAUCGAGCUCAGCGACCACAGGAGGAAGGGGUCCCUGAAGGCCAAGAAAUGGAAGUCCAUCUUCCACCUGGGCCGCUCCGAUGCCAAGCGCAAGCUGGGGAAGGCAGAGGAGAAAGACGAGGAUGGGAUGAGGAUGGGAUGUUCCCCAGCAGACGAUCCCCGGCUCAGCACCACGUGUGUGAUGAAGGAACCACCGCAGCGCCGGGAGAGCUUUGACACCUGCUCCUCGCUGCCACCCACUGGGACCUUCCCGGUGCUGGAGGAGAGCCCCGAGGAGAAGCUGAUUGCAACAGAGGAACCACGGGGACCUGAGUCAGAGAGCGAGAGCAGCACCAAGUCGGAGCCCACCACCCCCCGGCCGGGCCGCAUGGCGGUGGUGGGGGCCCGCAGCCGAGCUGAGAAGUGCGCGGGGGUCCAUAUUUCAGGUCCCUUCUCCGUCACCGUCCCUUUGCACAUCACCUCCAACCUCUCCCGGCUGACGCGGGGACAGCAGUGCCCGGCGCUGGCUCAGCAUGGAGCCAUUGGAUCCCCGCUGCCCACCCGUCGCCUCACCAAGGAGUCCAAACCCCCCCAAACCAACACGGAGGAGGAUGCCCGGCUGUCCCUGGAGCUGCGUGACUCCUUUGCCUUCCUGGACUGCCAGGACGCGUGGCUGGAGCACGGAGAUGGGGACACAGCAGUGAGGGCAGUGUUGGGACAUGGUGGCCCUGGGGACAGCGAUGAGUACCCGGCCAUAGAGGAGGGCAUGGAGAGUGGAUUCAUGAAUCCAGGGGAGUCCCCCGUGGAGCAGCCUGACAGCUACCUGUCUAUUGAGGAGUGCAUGGAUGAGGAGAUGUUCUACAUGGCACCCAGCUGCUCUGACACCGAGGAGCCCACCGGGGACACUGACUCCGAUGACAUGUUCCUCAGUGCCCAUGAUGAGCUCAGCCCGCUGGCAGCCGACCCUGAGACCCCCACCAACAGCAUGGCCCUGGAGGAACGUGGGGCUGAGCUGUGGGAUGGGUGCCCACCACCAGAGCCAUGUCCUGCAGAGGAGGUGGCUCCAGGUGAUGGGGGGCACUUGGAGGACCCUUGUGGGGACAUAGCAGAGGAGGAGGGACAGAUCCCAGCAAAAGAGGAGGGGGGUGGAGGUGACAGGGAAGGGAACAAUGGAUGGAGCAGAACUGAGCUGGGGCUUGAGGAUGGAGCAGCAGAAGCAAUGCUGGCUCCAGGUGGGGACGAGGAGAUGGAUGGAGCACCAAAGCAGAGUGAGGAGGGGGACCCCCAACCUUUAGAGGUGUCUCCAGCGCCAGAAGGACCCUUCCAGGAGCUCACUGUGACCCCACUCCCUCAAGAGUCUGUCCCCAAUGUUCCUCCAACCCCGGUGGCUGCUGCCGAGGCUCCCCCAACCCCAAUGGCAGUCCAAGAGGUUCUUCCAACCCCAAUGGCAGUCCCUGAGGUUCUCCCAACCCCAAUGGCAAUCCAAGGGGUUCCUCCAACCCCAAUGGCUGCCCCUGAGGAACCUCCAACCCCAGCGGCCACCACAGAGGGCACAGAGCCCCCACCAGAGGCCAUCACCCCCACUCCCCAAGGGGGCAGCCCCUGACCCCACU